GCUUGUAACCACAGCGACUUAAUCUGGACCUGGAUGCGUGCUGGAGGAACCUGUUCGCAAUAACAGAAAAUAAAACACUCACCCGAUCAUCUGCAGCGUUCAGGUCAACUGAUAAAGAUGUUGUCGGCUUCGGUUAGCACGUUUCACCUGGGCGACCGGAGAGUUUGGUCGAUGUGACACUGCUUGAGCUUUUUGUUCUGGUGCCGGACGCAGAGCAGCGAUCGCGCUUUGAGAAGAUGUUGAGUCGGCUGAUGAGUGGCAGCGUCAGAAACCUGGAGCGAGAAUUCUUGUGUACGGUCAGGCUGCUGGAUGAUACGGAGUAUACCUGCACCAUUCAGAGGGAUGCCAAAGGCCAGUAUUUGUUCGACCUCAUUUGCCACCAUCUAAACCUACUGGAGAAAGACUAUUUUGGCAUUAGAUAUGUCGAUCCGGAUAAGCAACGGCACUGGCUGGAGUUUACCAAGUCAAUUUCUAAGCAGAUGAAAUCACAACCUCCAUUCACCAUGUGUCUGCGGGUAAAGUUCUACCCACCAGAUCCUGCUGCUCUAAAGGAGGAGAUCACCAGGUAUCUCAUCUUCCUGCAGAUCAAAAGAGAUCUGUACCACGGUCGUCUCCUCUGUAAAACAUCGGAAGCGGCCAUGUUGGCAGCUUACAUCUUGCAAGCUGAGAUUGGAGACUAUGACCCAGGAAAGCAUCCAGAGGGCUACAGCUCCAAGUUCCAGUUCUUCCCCAAGCACUCAGAGAAGCUGGAAAGAAGGAUUGCAGAGAUUCACAAGACAGAGUUAAUAGGUCAAACUCCAGAAACAGCGGAGCUGAAGUUCCUGCAGAAAGCACAAAUGCUUGAAACAUAUGGUGUGGAUCCUCAUCCGUGCAAGGAUGUAUCUGGUAACCCGGCUUUCCUCGCCUUCACUCCGUUCGGUUUUGUCGUGCUUCAGGGGAACAAGAGAGUCAAUUUCCUCAAGUGGCACGAGGUGACCAAGCUGAAGUUUGAAGGAAAGACAUUCCAUAUAUAUGCAAAUCAGAAGGAGGACAAAAAGAUCAUCUUGACAUUCUUCGCACCAACUCCAGAGGCCUGCAAGCACCUUUGGAAAUGCGGUGUUGAAAAUCAAGCCUUCUACAAGUUGGAGAAGUCGAGCCAGGUUCGUAUGGUGUCCAGCAGUAACCUGUUCUUCAAGGGGAGUCGUUUUCGUUACAGUGGAAGAGUAGCCAAAGAGGUAAUGGAACAGAGUGCAAAAAUUAAACGGGAACCUCCAGAAAUACACAGGGCUGGCUUGGUGCCCAGCAGAAGCUGUCCAUCCAUCACGCAUGGGCCGCGGCUGAGCAGUGUCCCGCGGACCCGCCGGAGAGCCGUACACAUAUCCAUCAUGGAAGGUCUGGAAUCCUUGCGGGACAGUGCCCACUCCACUCCAAUGCGCUCCGUGUCCCAUAGUGACUCCUUCAUCCCACGUUCGCGGAGCCAGGCAAUGGACUCGGGCGAUGGGACAGCGGUAAUCUCCGAUGAGACCUACAGUCCCUCCGACAGUGUGCUGCCCACACCGGUGGCCGAGCACAGCCAGGAGCUGGCGGUCUCACGCCAGAUCAACGGUGCCCCCUGCAGCAUCGAGGAGGAGAAAGAGUCAGAGGCGGGAACGCCCACCGUGGGCGACGUGACUGAGUUAGGAGUGGACAGUAGGGUGGCAGACGCAGUGCAGAGCGCUCAGCUCAGCGAUACGGAACAGGUGAAUAAGUUUGUUUUAAGUGUACUCCGUCUGCUCCUUGUGACCAUUGGACUCCUCUUUGUCUUGCUCCUCCUCCUCAUCAUCCUCACUGAGUCCGACCUUGACAUUGCAUUUUUACGUGAUAUCCGCCAGACCCCCGAGUUUGAGCAGUUCCAUUACGAAUACUUUUGUCCCCUCAGACGGUGGUUUGCCUGCAAGCUCCGCUGGGUGGGCGGGCUGCUCAUUAACAAGUGAAAAUGAGGCACUAAAGCUCGUAAAGCCUCCCUUGUUGGGGUUGAGAAGACGCUAAACAUGUGGAGAGAGAGACGGAGGGCAUCGACCUGUCCCAUGAACCCAGCUUCUUUCAUGACACUCCUGCUGACACACGGGGGACCACCAGGCCCACAGCUCCUCUUCUCUUCCACUUUUAGUUCUUUCUCCCCCGUCCAUUUUUACACCUUUAUUUUUGUCGUCUUUUUUUUCUUUUUUG